AUGGAACCGUGUAGAUACAGCAACUGUUUGUUGUCGCCGAAUUGCUCAUUGAGGACAUACGCAGACGCUGUGCUCUUUAAUGAACGAUUAAUGUCCCCCAAACCUCCACCCCGAACACCAGGGCAAGUGUGGGUGCUUUUUGCCUGGGAAAGUCCGACUCACCGUAGACAAGCAAUGUACACACCAGAAUGGAGAAGAGAAUUAAAUUGGACAAUGACAUACAGAACGAACUCCGACCUCUUCGCGCCCGUGGGGAUGUUUGUACCAGUUCUGAAACCGCUUUCCUAUCAUCAUCUUCUAAAUAUCGUGCAGCACAAGACGAAGACGGUUGCAUGGUUUGUGAACAAUUGUCAAACAGCUUCUAGACGAAUGGCAUAUGUCAAAAGGCUUCAGAAAGUAAUUGACGUUGAUAUUUUUGGAAAUUGUGGAUCAUUUACAUGCCCAAAAUCAAAUCCAGAAUGCCGAAACAUGCUAAACCAUACAUACAUGUUUUAUUUGUCAUUUGAGAACUCCUUGUGUAAAGACUACAUUACGGAAAAGCUGUACAAGAUUUUCAACGUACCCUGUGUCCCUGUAGUCCGAGGAGGUGCUGACUACAAACACCUUGUACCGAAUGGGACGUAUAUCGACACAGCUGAUUUUGCCAGCCCGGAGGCGCUUGGAUGGCAUCUAAAGGGGCUCAUAUCCAACACGUCAGCUUACAUGGACAUCCUCAUGCACAAGGAACAGUACCGGGCCCUCAGCUCACGUCCAGGAAAAGUCAUGGCGUUGUGUGAACUUUGUUAUCGACUUAAUAACCCGGGAACACAGUGGAGCACAUCGGCAGGUAUAGAGGAACGGAAUGAAGAAUGCCAUGUUCCUGCAGACCUUGGGUAG